CCAUAACCCUUGACCAGCACCGUCGUCAACGCGCUUGACGAACAACUCGAUUCCCGACCCAGUACUUUCUUUGUCUGCAGUUUCACGAUGGCCGAUCAAUUGUCCGAAGAGCAGAUCUCUGAGUUCAAGGAGGCCUUCUCCCUCUUUGACAAGGACGGCGAUGGCACCAUCACCACCAAGGAGCUCGGCACCGUGAUGCGCUCGCUUGGGCAAAACCCCACAGAAGCCGAGUUGCAGGACAUGAUCAACGAGGUCGACGCCGACGGCAACGGCACGAUCGACUUCCCUGAGUUCCUCACGAUGAUGGCGCGCAAGAUGCGCGAUACGGACUCAGAGGAGGAGAUCAAGGAGGCGUUCAAGGUCUUCGAUAAGGACGGGAACGGGUACAUUAGCGCGGCUGAGCUUCGGCACGUUAUGACCAACUUGGGCGAGAAGUUGUCCGACAACGAGGUCGACGAGAUGAUCCGGGAAGCGGAUGUGGACGGCGAUGGUCAGAUCAACUACGAAGAGUUCGUGAAGAUGAUGCUGUCGAAGUAAUUGGUUGUGUAUUGCUGUGUACCGCUACGACUAUCGCUAUUUCGCGGGAAAGGUACGAUAGGUUGACGUGCUUCUUGACGUUGUAUCAUUGGCAUAAAGCGAACGGGAAGGAUACGAUAUUGCAAACAGUUAACCGUC